AUGUCGCACAUCCUGAGAGAAGAAGAAGAAAGUUACCUUGAUCCUACUCAGGUCGAUGAAAUCAUUGAUGAAGACCCUAAUGAGGAAAUCAUGGAUGUCGACGACGAAGCAGAGGAUGCUGGUGAUGCGGAUGACCAGUACGAGAUUGAAGAAGAAGACCUGGCUGGUGAACUUGCCCUGGCCGGUAAUGAUAUCCAUAUUGAUGAAGAAGGAAAUCUGGUUCUUGAUAUGACCAACACUUCUGUUGGACACUUUGACAAGCACGGCAAGUCAAUUUUCCUGAUAGACUCUCACCCAACUCUGCCACUCAUCAUUUCUGGUGGCGAGGACGAGAAAGCAUAUCUUUGGACAACCAACUCACAGCCUCCCAAGCUGGUAGCUGAACUUCCUGGUCAAAAGGAAUCAGUUGUUGCUGGUGGGUUUUCUCCAGAUGGAGGAUACGUUGUGACUGGUGAUAUGGAGGGCCAGGUGCGCGCAUGGAAGUCAGCCAAGCGUGGCCAACAAUGGGACUUUGUUGGAAGCGUUCAAGAGGUGGACGAGAUUACAUGGAUUGUAUUCCACCCUAAACAGCCCUUCUUUGCGUUUGGGUCCCGCGAGGGUUCUGUCUGGGUCAUGUCGCUGGACGACUUUAGCAACGUCGCCAUCUUGAUUGGCCACUCGCAACCCACAAACGCUGCUGUGUUUGCUAAUGUUGACGAUAUGGACUCGCUGACCUUGAUCACAGUUGGUGAUGAUGCCAUUAUUUCAUGGAAUGUUUAUCAGUCUACCCCUAAUUAUUCUCUGCGUGAACAUGACCUCCAGGGCAACAUUGCAUGGAUUUCUUGUGCACUCAGUGGUUCUGGUAAGACCAUUGCUUGCGGCUCUGCCGAUGGCAAGGUUGCCCUUAUCAAUGUUGAGCGUGGUACAGUGCUCAAAGUUUUCGAUAAUACACAAAACGACUCAGUGGAGCUUGAGGAGCGCUCCGUGGAGGCUCUGGCAUGGGCACCCAUCUCACCCAUUUUGGCUGUAGGAAAUGUCAAAGGUGAUAUUACUCUCUACGAUGUGACUUCCUGGAACAUCCGCAAGACCUUGGCUCUUAAGGACGCUAUUACUGCAAUCAAGUUCAUUCCUGGAUCCAACAAGCUAUUGUCAUCAGACAUGGCUGGUGAACUUGUCAAGUGGGACGUUCUCAGCGGUCGUGAGCUGUGGCGUGGCCAUGGUCACUUUGACGGUAUCCUUGGUUUCACUGUUCAGGACAAUGGCAAACGGGUCAUUACAGCUGGUGACCAAGGUGUUUCCAUGAUUUUUGAAGACAGUAGUUAG